AUGCAGGCUUAUCUCCAAUACCCCCGCAUCGGCCAGAUUGUGCGCAGACAGCCCGAGGAACAACUGGAAUCGGGGCAACCUGAUGUGCUCGAGGCCAAAGAUGAGCUCCUAGACGGACGGCCCAUGCUGCUGGCAUCGAGCGCAGGGAUAUUUUGGAUGACGACGGGUCGUCAGCGUCAGUCUUUAUGGACCCGGGUCACGGCAACCUCAAUCGUCACCGCCAUGGCGUUUGCUGUGGUAGCAGCAUCGUCGAUCAAGGCAGGCGUACUGCCUCAGAACAGCACGGCCUUCAACCCACGGUUUGCAACGGGCUCUCUAGCUCGGGACCUUUCUCGGAAAUCCUCAGCUGCAAUGCCGUCUACAUGGGUGGGAUCUCUGACUGUCUUCAUGAUCUUCAUCAUGGCGUCUGGUCUGGCGCCCAACAUCGGCGCCCAGCUAGCCUUCCGCGUCCUGGCCGGCGUAUUCGGCUGCCCAUCUCUUACCUGCACCGGAGGCACCGUUGCAGACUUGUGGAAUCGGCUCGAGAAAACCCUCACCUUCCCUGUCCACGCCAUUCUCUCCUUUGGCGGACCUGUCUCGGUCCCGACCAUCAUCUGCAUCGUACUCUUUACCUUCGACAGUUACUCGUCCAUCUUCAUUGACAUCCACGGUAUCUCGCAAAGCCUUACUAGUAUCGUCUGGAAAGCCGUGUACAUCGGAAUCUUACUCGCGGUUCUCCUCAUCCCACUGACUUACCACUGGGCGAAACGAGAAUUCCUCGCUGCUGCUGCUUCUACCUCGACUACCUCAAUGGACAACUUGGUCUUGGUCACGGUCACACACGCCAAUGAAAACGGAGAUACAAAACCAGGAAACUUACAUAAUACUCGUCCUGAAAACCGUCUCUGGUUCGCUAUGUUUGGCACUCCCACCAUUCCAAUCGGGUUGUUCUGGAUGGGAUGGACGAGCUACGUAUGA